AGCCUCUUCGCCAGCCGGACCCGCCUCCUGCCGCCUCCCGCCCCGUCUCGCCUUCGCUCGGGCGCCGCGCAAAGGAGGCAGCAGCGCACGGCCAGGACGCGCAGGAGCAGCCGCAGCCGGCGAUGGAGCGCGCGCCCCGGCAGUCGCCCCUCCGCCGCGCCGCGCUCUAGACCCCGACGCCCCGGUCCCGAGUCGCCGGCCGCCCGGCCCAGUCGGAGCCGCGCCAUGAGGCAGCUGGCGCUCUGGGCGCUGCUGGUCCUCCCUGCCGGGAUCCUGUCCCGGGGCUGCCCUUCCGAAUGCCAGUGUGGCCAGCCCCAGACGGUCUUCUGCAUUUCCCGGAGGAUCACCGCCGUCCCGCAGGGCCUCCCUCCGGACACGGCCAACCUGUACAUCUUUGAUAACGACAUCCGGUCCCUGGGCGAAGACAGCUUCGCGGGGCUGCCGGCCCUCCAGCUGCUGGACCUGUCCCAGAACCUCAUCAGCAGCCUCCCCAAGAACGUCUUCCGCCCGCUGGCCGGUCUCCGCAACCUGGACCUGUCCUCCAACCAGCUGCGGGAGGUCACCAACGAGAGCUUCCACGGCCUGCGCCUUCUCGAGCGGCUCUACCUGGAGCGCAACCACCUUCAGCACAUCCACCCGGCUGCCUUUGACUCGCUGGAGAACCUCCUGGAGCUGAAGUUGCAGCACAACCAGCUGCGGACGCUGCCGCCCCUCCAGCUGCCCGCCCUGCUCCUCCUGGACGUCAGCCGGAACAAGGUGACUGCCCUCGAGCCGGGCGUCUUCCGGGUCCCCAACCUCGAGUCGCUGAAGAUCGCCGGGCUGGGCCUGGGCGAGGUGGAGGAGGAGCUGCUGCGGAGAGUAGCCGCCCUGCACGAGCUGGACGUCUCCGACAACCUGCUGCCCGCGGUGCCCCCGGGGCUGCAGCUCCUGAGGGGCCUCACCAAGCUCAGCCUCGCCGGCAACACGCAGAUCUCGCACCUGCGCCCCGAGGACUUCCGCGAACUGCGCAACCUGCAGGAGUUGGACAUCAGCAACCUGAACCUCAGCAGCCUCCCGGGGGGCUUCCUCGCCUCCUUCCCCCGGCUGCGGGACGUGGCAGCCGCUGCCAACCCCUUCAACUGCGUCUGCCCGAUGAGCUGGUUCGUCAGCUGGGCCUCCAGCAGCAAAGCUCUGCUGCGGAGGUCCGAGGAGACUCGCUGCCACUUCCCGCCCAGGAACGCUGGCCGGCUGCUCCAGAGCCUGGAAUACGCAGACUUCGGCUGCCCAGCCACCACCACCACCAGCAGCAGUGUGGGCACGCAGAAGACCACCAGCCCAGAUGUGGCCAAACCUGCGCCCAGCCGCCCGGGUGCGCCCAGCACGGCCAGCCCCACGGAGCUGACGUCGGCCACCUCUGCCACCACGCCAGAAGGCCUGCCCAGCGCGGAGCCUCGCCUCUGCCCGCCAGGCACCUGCCUCAACAGGGGAGUGUGCCAGCUGGAUGCCCGGAACCACGUGGAGUGCGCCUGCCCUGUGGGCUUCACUGGCCCGUACUGCGAGACUAGGGUCCGGGCGACAGCCGUGCCCACUGCCGCCCGGGUACCCGCCCCUCCCGAGCGGCUGGCCAUCAAGCACGUGGGGGGCACCUCAUUGAAGGUGGACCUGCAGAACGAGGCCUGGUCGUCUUUGGAGCUGAAAGGGAUUCGCCUGACAUACUGGAGUCUCUCCGGGCCGGACAAGCGCCCUGUCACCCUCCGCCUGCCAGCCUCUCUGCCCGAGUACACUGUGCGAGGCCUGGCACCCAACUCCUCCUACCACAUCUGCGUGGGGCCGCUGGGGGGCACGGCGCACGAGGACGACCUGUGCGUGGAGACCCGCACCUUGCACCUGACUCACCAGCAGCACGCGCCCGUCACCCAGGGCAAGGGCACCAGCCUGGCGCUUGUGGUGGUGCCCGCCGUGGCUUCCGCGGUGCUGCUUGCCGCCGCCGUGGCAGCCGCUUCCUACUACGUGCGCCGGAGGAGGAGGAGGAGACAGGCGCAAGCCGCCUCUGGAGCUGCCAGCCCGCUGGAGCUGGAGGGGGUGAAGGAGAACGGGGACCUGGGGGGCCACGGCCAGAAAGCAGCCCCCAAUGGGCUGGAGUACGAGGUGCCGCUCAUGCAGCCGCAGACGGCCGGCCGCCCUGCACCCAGGACCCUGCGGCCAUCCUACUUCUAGAACCCAAGAAGGGGGCCGAGCGAAGCUGGCAGCCUGGGGCGAAAAAGCAGGGCCCAGCCCGCCUGGGGGGUUGCCUCGUAGCAACACGGAAGUCCCCUAAGGCGUUCAGAGCACAGCAUCCCCAGGGGUGGACCUGAGGCCGUCGGACUAGGCGGCCGCUUAGCCGUGGCCGCCCCAGGGAUGCCCGGAGCGUGGCCAGGAGCCACGGAGCAAAGCAAGAGGGCUCCAUGUUCUGGCAACGAAGGAUCCUUUUGCCAAGCUGGGGGCAAGCAGAUGAAGGAAGGACCAGCAGCCCCUUCUGAUGGGGGGGGGGCUUGAAGUCGGGGUGGGGGAGGGAGGGGGACACACGAGACGGAGCUCUCUGGGGGAGCUUAUCGGGGAAACAAAGCUUUAUGGACUCUUAGAGAAUAUUUAUAAGACAGAAUUAUGUCCCAUUUCUUCUGGGAACUUCUCUUUUCUAACACGGACGGAGCCAAGGUCCUUUUUUUGUAGCACCGGGCUGUGUAAGCGUUUUUGUACAAAAAAUAAAAAAUUUAAAAGG